GGAGACAAAGCUUCCCCGCGUACUGCACAAAACCGUUUUUUUCCUGCCCUGGAAAGAAAAACAGACGAAACACGUCUUUUUGGUGGGCACUGGGCAGACCCGUAUUCCGAACAGCAGCCAGCGCAGCACGAGGGACCACGAUGAAGCGGCUGCAAUCGAUCAAGCUGAAGGUGAAGCAGAGCACGUCGAGUUUGGCGUCUAAAACGGGGCUCGUUGACAGCGAGAGUCGGCGGCUGUCGGUCUCGACGAUUCUGUCCCUGGCGGUCGAUCCGAGCAGGCCGGGUCCGACAGCCCAGCAGCUGCACGCCGUUGCCAAGUACUCGUGGCGGGGGGAGGCCGAGUGUCUGAAGCUAAAGAGGCUUGUUCUCAAGCAGCUCACGCUCUGCGGCGACGCCGGACGCCAAACCGAGCUUUUGAGGCUGCUCACGCUGCUCGAUUACGUCUUCGUCUGCGGAGCGCCGGAGUUUUACUACCUUUUUGUCAACGGAGACGCCCACGGCGACGUCGGAGAGGGUGUGUGGAAGCUACGCGUGCUCGACGGGACGUUGACCGGCGGCGACCCCGUCUUACAGCGCAUCCGGGACCACGUCGCCGAGUUGCGCUGGGUGUGUGCCGACUACGACCACUGGCAGACCCGCCGAGCGCAGUACGAGAGCAUUCGCCAGGAGAUUCAUCUGCCGGCGUCCCGGCACAGCUUCGACUCGUCCGCCACCACCCUGUCCGUACCCACCCCGGCACCGGCUUCUUCUUUGUCGCCGCCGCCGCCCACCAGAGACGUCCGCCGGGCCCACACCGUGCACGCCCCUGCGUCCCUUCCAACACGGUCCUCAUCGUCUCUCUACAGAGGGACAACGUCCCUCGGCUGCAUCAACGAAGAGUGAUUACGUCAGCAGAAGGUGGGAGCGAAAGAGGGCCCAGCGAGGGAAAAGGGUACGUGUUGAAGUUGAAGAUAAAUCUGACAGGUAGUGAUGACGGGGUGUAGACGUGGCAGAUAGACCAGCGUGGUGGAGAGGAAGCAUCAGAACGCAAAAUGAUGCAUUCAUUGGCGCAGAGAGUGAGCACAUGGAGUUCGACGCUCACGACGGCGUUAUUCACGGUGGCGGUGCUGAUGUCCGUGCUCACGUGGGUCGGCAGCAGCACAGACGGCGUGCAGUCGUUGCGGGUUCGGAACGUGCAGGCGCAGGUGUCGCUUAAGAACACGCGGAACUACGGUGGCACGAAGACGAAGCCGAAGGAGAACGCCCGGUUCAAGUUUGACCUGGUGGCGGACUUCUCGGGC